AUGAGUAAGGAUACCAAAGUAAACAAGCUCAAAAAUGAAGAAUUUAAAAUUUGGAAGAAGUCCGUUCCCUCACUAUACCAGCACGUAUCAUUUUUCAAACCUCAGUUGGAUGCUCGUUUAGGAGAUGUCCUGCAAUUUGAGAAAAGGUUUACCUUUAACAACGAAGUGAUACCAGACCAAAAGAGGGGAGUUCUAAACACAGGGUUGUUUUAUUCUGUGGGGAGUAAUAUUUACAAAUUGGAUUGUUCUUUGCCAUUGGGACUUCAACAUGGUGGAAACGAACAAGAAUUACCUGAUCCGCAGUAUAAUGAGGUCUUCAAACAGGUAGGUGGUGACACCUUUCCAAGUCCACAUUGGAUUUUGCCCGGUGAGACCAUUAUCAAGAUGAGCCCCUUGGAAUCAGGUGAAAAUACUCUACUGGCAUUAACAUCCACGGCAUCCUUAGCAUGGUUUAAAGAGGGUUCUAGGAAUCCGACGCAUAUAAUGCAAGAAAUUAUGGGUCCUAGCACCAGUUUUUCCAGUAUACAUUCUAUCAGAAAUUCCGAAUGUUUGGCAGUUUGUGAUUUUGAUCUCUCUAGGGACAAAAAAGAAUUGGUAAAAUGUCAAGCUGAUAGGAAAGAAGGCCAAAGUACCAUAAAAAUUGUAGACAACUCAGAUAAAGUUGGGACACCCCUUCGUCGUUUUAAUGUAGAAGCGUCAGUCAUCCAUUCGGUAAGCUUUUUGGAUAAUAAUCUCUACGUAACAUGUUCCGAUGAGAACGUGGUAAGUUUUUGGGACAAGAGGAGUGACUCACAACUUUGGUCAUUCACUGAUUCACAGGAUGGUAAUAUAACUAGUUUGAGUAGUUCAUCUCAGCUAGAUGGUUUUUUUGCAACUGGUACGGACGCUGGUGUUAUCAAAUUAUGGGAUUUGAGAGCUAUAAUGUCUCAACAACAAGAAAUGGUUAGUUUCUACCAUUCUAAUGAAGAUCCAGUGGUUGAUUUACAAUUUUCACCGACAAAUUCUACAGAAUUUUUAAGCGUUGGUAAGAGCGGUAAUGUUUACCAAUGGGAUACUGAUUUUUUCUUCACCAACGAAGAAGUUGAUGAAGAGGAUUUGCAUUUACAAUGUUUGAAGUUUCUUCAUACUGGUGGUAGUAGAAGAUCAAUAGGUGCCAAUGAUAAACGGAAUAUGGUAAACUGGCAUCCAGCAAUUGACCAAUUAGUAGGGACAAUUGAUAAUGAUUGUUCAAUUGCGGCUUAUAAGGCAUUUACCGGUAGGGAAGAAGAGCAACAGGACGAAGAAGAUGAACAAGAAUGA